AUGGAGAUCAAUAAAUAUUCUAUAUGUGUUAUUUGUUCAGGUAGUUUUGACCUUUUCUUAAUUGUUCCUCGUUUUCCUGUAGAAGGAGAGACAAUGCCUGCUAAAAAAUCAUACAUAAAAAACGGAGGAAAAGGUGCCAAUCAAGCUGUAGCGGCUUCUAAAUUGGGUUCAUCGACAAUAUUUGCAGGUUAAUUCGGAAAAGAUGUCUAUGGAUAAAACUUAGUACAUGAAAUGCAAGGAAAUAUGGUUGAAACAGGAAAUAUUAGAUUAUUAGAAGGCGUUUAAACAGGUUAAGCUAUAAUUACAUUGACUGAAAAGGGUGAAAAUAGUAUUAUAAUAGUAGGAGGUGCCAAUACAUUUUAUGAAAGCGAAGACUCUUUACCUUUAGAAUACUAAAAGGCAAUUCUUUAGAGUAGAUUUUUGCUUCUUUAGAAAGAAAUUCCUUUAAAAAUAAGCACUUUGGCAGCUCAAUUUGCGAAAAAAUACUAAAAGAUAGUCAUGCUAGAUUGCGGGGGGACUGAUGAGAAAAUACCUGAAAAUUUAAUGAAAAAUUUAGAUUUUAUUUCCCCAAAUUCGACUGAAUUGUAAAGCAUUUUGGGUUGGGAAAAAAAAGAAAUUUCUACAUAGGAAAUUAGGGAGUAAAUUAUUAGAAAAUAUAAAGACUUAGUAGUUGUUUUGAAAAAAGGAAGUGAUGGAAGUGAGGUUAUUUCAGAAAAUAUUUAAAUAGAAGUUCCUUCUAUUACUUAAUUAGAUAAAAAAAUACUCGAUAAAUAUACUAUUAAAGAUACUGUAGGUGCAGGAGAUUGCUUUACAGCAGUCUUUUUGUGUAUAAUAUGAUAGAUUAUAGUUAAAAAUAAAAAUUAAUUGAUUAGUAAGUGUUUAAAUAAUGCCUUCUUUAUGCAAAUACGGCUGCAUUUUUAUGUAUUACGUAAUACGGGGCAAUGCCUUCGAUGCCAAAAAGUGAAUAAGUGGAAGAAUUAUAUAAUAAGUUUAAAUAAUGAAAAAAACAUAUAUAAUAAAGAAUUAUGUUUCUUUGUAAAU